UCAUACUUGAGAAUACGAUGUUUUGUCGGGACUCUUGUAGAAUAUUUUGAUUCCAUCAGAAUUUUAGAAAGUGACCCGCUCCUUCUGCAGUUCGUUUAUACUUCGCCGGCAGCACGACGUCUUCCACGAAGCGGUCAACUGUUCUGUUGGGUACAAACGGCGGCGAUUUAUCACAAUACCAGAGCUCUGGCCAUAAAUGAAACGUGGUUAUCACGAUGUGAUCAUGGACAAUUGUUUACUGGAGACUUCUUUUCAUCCGAUGACAUUCCUUAUUCAACUGUUUUCGCUGGCAUCCCCGAUUCUUACUAUAACCUGUUUUUCAAAAGUCGUUACGCGUUUUACUACAUCUACCACCACAUCUCAAAAGACUUCGACUGGUAUAUGAAGGCUGAUGACGAUACUUACGUAGUUGUUGAACAUCUCAAGGAAUACCUAUCCCAACUCGAUCCGAACAAGCCAUACUACCUUGGCUAUACUUUGAGACCUUACCUGGAAAACGGAUAUAACGCCGGUGGAGCUGGUUACGUUCUGUCUAGAGCCGCAGUGAAAAUUUUUAAUGAGAUGCUUUAUCACAAUGAGACUUUGUGCCCGGACGACAUCUAUGAAGACGUUGGAAUUGGCAGGUGUUUGGCAAGUGUCGGGAUCUUCCCACACGACACUCGAAACAAUCGUGGACAGAAUCGCUUCAACACUCACACGCCCAGCGACGGUUACGAAGCGUUUGCCAGCGAUUUUAUCAGUUUUCAUCACUUGACUCCGGAUGAGAUCCGACUAUUCGACAUUCUGCUAUACAGGACAAACCGGCCGUCUUCGAAUCAUCCAUCAGAACUGUCCUGA